CCAGAAAAAUAAUUUCUUCACAUUCCUUAACGGGGGGGAAGAGAUGUUCCCUUCCAGCAGAAAUAGUCUAGGAGUUUCUUUAAUUAGCUUGAACACUUCAUUUAAUAAAACAAAUGACUAAAAUAUCAAUAGAAAAGCUAUUAUUCUCCAAGCCCCAUGUAUAUCAAAUAACUUUUCAGUAGUUUUUCAAAUAUAGUAAAGGUGCAGCCAAAUUUGUAACAACCUAAUGUUAUAAGAAUACAUUAAAAUAGUUUUAUUAAGAACAAUUUUGCAUCAGUGCUGAGGUCCAUCCCCCACAUCACUCAGAGCCUAACGUCGGCAAAGAGCUGAAUAAUCAGUCGCUGGCUAGGUGCUAUUUGUUUUUGUAAUCUCCUAAGUUUCUAUCAUCAGGAAUAGAAACUGAAAGGGAGAAAAGCACACUACUAAAACAAGACAGCAUUGGAUGCUGUAGUUAGGGAAAACCAUGGCUUCUGACUGGAACGGAGGUCACUUGACUGACUACACCAUCAAGAGGUGGAAGAUACAACCAAAGAAGUUCAAGGACGUUUAUGACCCGAGUGUACUUCCCAGAGUGACUUAUCUGCUCUAUGAAAUUAAAUGGGGCAAUAGCACCAAGAUAUGGAGAAACUGGUGCCGAAACAACAGCACCCAGCAUGCUGAAAUCAACUUCCUGGAAAAUGCCUUCAAGGAAAGAUCUCUCAAUCCUUUGACCCAUUGCUCCAUCUCCUGGUUCCUCUCCUGGAGUCCUUGCUCGAAAUGCUCCCAAUCUGUGCUACAGUUCCUGAAGACAUACCCCAAAGUGAACCUAGAAAUUUAUGUAGCGCGGCUCUUUAGGCAUAAAGACAGAAGCAACCAUCUAGGCCUGCAUGACCUGGUGAUGAAUGGAGUCACCCUUAGAGUCAUGGACCUCUCAGCUUACAACUAUUGUUGGAGAACAUUUGUCAACCAUCAAAAUGGAGAAGACUACUUGCCUUGGCACCUCAUCCCAUGGAUAAUGUUCUUUUCUUUUGAACUCCAGCUUAUUCUUCAGGGCUCUGCAGUCAGUUUACAGAUCUGGCCGGCAAGUAGCAAUCAGAUUCCAAGUUUCAGUCUUAUUCGACCAGAAUAUUGUCAUCUAAUGCCUCUGCAAAGGGUUGGCACAGAAAACAGUCAUGUGAAGUCAUCACAUUACUGGCCUGAAUCAACAGCCAAUCACCAGCAACUGCUAGUGUUUGGGCCUGGACCAGCAGUCAGUCAUCAUCAGCCACUAGUGUUUGGACCUGGACCAGUAGCCAAUCACCUGCAACAGCCAAUAUUUAGGCCUGGACCAGCAGUCAGUCAUCAUCAGCCACUAGUGUUUGGACCUGGACCAGUAGCCAAUCACCUGCAACAGCCAAUGUUUAGGCCUGGACCAGCAGUCAGUCAUCAUCAGCCACUAGUGUUUGGGCCAGGACUAUCGACUAGUUGCCAUCUGCAACCUGUGUUUAGGCCAGAACUACCAGCCAAUCAGUGACAGCAACAGGAUUCAGGCCUAGACGAUUAGCCAAUCAACAGCAACAACAAAGUAACAGGCUCUGGAAUAGAUCCCCUUGGAUCUCCAUAGGAAAUAAACUUGUGGGAGUCCCCUCAUAGUCUGCACUUAUGUAAACUAGGGAAAACACAUUUUAACAUACUUCCGGCAAUACCCUUGUUAUGAAUAACUCUAAACAUUUAUUGCUCCUAUGAACAGUUUUGUGAGGAAAUGAUUGGUGAUACUGUGACUCUUUGUACCUCAGGGGAACACCUUACACCCCCAUGUUCAUCUUUAUAAAAUGAUUGUGUGGUGUCCAAUGCAAAGUUUGUCAUGUUGGGUGUCUUCAGAAGGCUCAUAAUGCACUGAGCAUGGUUGUUAUAGUGAAGUUACAGUAAUGUUAUAGUAAGGUUAUAGGUUAUAAUUUCAUGUAUAUAGUUAUGAGGAUGAAAAUGUAUCCUCAUGGCUUAAAGCAAGCCCAUGCAAAAACUCUCCAAGAACAGAGAGGCAGUUCACACCUCAUCAGGGCAUGGGUGGGACAAACCCAGCCCAGCCUCACAGGAACAAUGGACACUAGCUUAAGCAACAACAAAAGAAUCUGUUAGAUCCUUGAGCGAGUCACCCCCAUCCUUUGGUCACUUUGGAACUGUGAUGAGGUAAUGCUCAGCUGACUCUGAAGGGGGGGGAGUGGGGAGGCAAAGCCAAGAGGAAAGAAAGGACAUGAUAAAAGGGAGAGACAUUUUGCCAUGCUCUCUCUCCUCCACCUACAUCUACAGACACCACCACCACCAAGCGAUUGAAACACUGAUCAAAGGGGAGAGCCUGACUGAAAAGUAACCAGCCAGCCUGUGGUGAGAAGCAUUUAAGUUUUUAAGGGCAUUGAAAGUGUUAAGAUCAGCUUAGAAUGCGUUUUGCUUUUAUUUCAUUUGAACAAAUCUGACUUAUAAUGCUUUGACUUAUAAUCACUUAAAAUCUAUCUUUAUAGCUAAUAAACUGUUUAUUCUACCUGAAGCAGUGCAUUCAGUCUGAAGUGUGUCAGAGGCUCCCCUUGGUAGAACGAGCCUGGUACAUAUCAAUUUCUUUGUUAAAUUGACAAACUUAUAUAAGCUUGCAGUGUCCAGCAGGCAUAACGACACUGCAAGCCAGAGGUUCCUAGGAUUGCAUCUGGGACUGGAGAUAUUGGCUACUGUCAUUCGGUUGCAAGAAGCUGGGAGCAGCUUACAUGCCAGAGGCUGUGCAUGAACAGCCCAGGAGUGGGGGUUCUCACAGCAGAGCAGGGUAAGGCUGGCUCCCAGAGUCAAGGAUUAGGGUGACCUAGCAGAUCACUGAUCCAGACAACACCAAAGAGGAACGUCACUGAUACAUAUUGAUAUUCCAAGGUCUGGAAGAUUCUUUACUCUUCCAAGCUUAUUCCUUAGUGUUAUUUUUCAGUUGGGGUGUCCUAGAUUUUAUUGUCCAUUUUAGUUGUGAAGUUACCUUUUGAAUAAAAUAAAUCAAACAUUUAUUUUAAUGAGCUGCUGCUCUUGUUGUCUAAUUUUGCUGUUAUUUUUAAGAGUGUGCAUUUUUCUGAGCCCACAUAAUGACCCUGGCAGUGAUAACCAGCUAAUGACUUAAUGUGUGACAAAAGCAUCAUCUGAGUGGAAUUGAAACUAGAGAUAGAGACCCAGUAGUUGGAUUUUUUUUAAAACAUAUUGAUUAAUUAUUAUUACAUUUUUUAAUUUUUAUUUGUACAGCGCUAACGUUGUGCAAGGUGCAUGCAUGUGUGAAGGCACUGGGCCAAAUUCUUCUCUCUGAACCUGACCCAAAGCACACUGAACUCAGUGGAAGCCCUUCCAUUGAUUUUCAGUGGGCUUUGGAUCAGGCUCUCUGCUACACCAGUGUCAAACAGUUGAAAUCAGUGGAUUUAAACCAGUGCAAUCAAGAGCAGGAUUUGGCCCAAAGUCCCUACUCUGAAGAGUUUACAGUCUAGAUACAAUCUAUGGGCCAGGCCCCAAGAUGUGCUGAGCACCUCUAGCUCUCAUUGACUCCAGCACAGGAGUUCAGUACCACUUCGAACUGCAAGCCCAGCAGAUGGAACUCCACUGACUGAAUUUGGUCCAACAAGCCUAUUGUUACAAGAGAUAAUUCACUCUGGUCGAGAGGGCCGUCAUGAGAUCUAUGCACCACUGAAGUCCCACUUAAGCACUCAAAACAGAUCUUAAGGGAGUCUUACAUGGUGUUUAGGCUUCUGCUCAGGGAUGAAUUUCAUU